AGACUCAAAAAGACAGCGACCAGCCAGAGAGUCACAGAGAGCAGCGACAGCUUCCUGUCAGAUUCCCUACAGACUGCAGACCUGAAAUAUGCAGGGCAACAUGAAGCUCUGGCUAGGAUUGUUCACCUUUGCAUUUUGCAUGCUGAUCUGCAUAGGAACUUUUGCCGAUGCUUACCCCUCCAAGCCUGACAACCCUGGGGUAGGCGCCCCCGCAGCGGACCUGGCCAAAUAUUACUCCGCAUUGAGGCACUACAUUAACCUCAUCACAAGACAGAGGUAUGGAAAGAGAUCCAGCCCUGAGGCACUGAUUACUGAUCUGCUGCUGAGCGAGAACUCAGAAAGUUUUCCUAAAUAUAGGUAUGAUGAGCCUUCCAUGUGGUGAUGAAAAUACAUAUUUUCUUUAAUGUGGUCCACAUUUCAACAUCCACUGCUAUGGAAAUGAGACAUUCUCACUGUUGUAAAGACCCUCAUUUUACAUUAAAGGCAGCCAAUGCAUGCAGCCAUCACUGAAAUCUGUAGAACUUUUUUUCCCUGCAUCCUAUAUUGUAUAUAAAGUUUAUUUAAAUAAAUUAUAUGUACGUUAAA